GGACUCCGUUCUCCUCCGCGCUACAACCAUGCGGCAAGCUGACCUCCUUACGUAUCUCAUAUCUAUAGCUUCAAACUGAUGCGGAAGUGUGUAUUCUCAGCCUUCUACUCCACUCCUAGCUUCUCGGCAUAGAGUCUAGACAUAGCGUCUAGGCUUGAUCCUAAAACUCAGGAACCUACAGAGAUAAGAUCGGCGAUCAAACAGUUCAGUCAUCUUCCUUAUAACACAUAUCUGAAGCUCUAUCAAAUCUAUCAAGCUAAUCGUUUCCUAUGGAAUAGGAAGCUUUCGAGUCAUCGGGAUAUGCAAAAAAUCGAUAGCAUGUCUCUCACUACAUCGGACGGGCAAGAGUGUGACACACCACAUACUAGUAUUCCAGAGGAAUAUUCAGACUCAGAGUUACCCAGCUAUCCUAGUCUCAGCAGAAUGAGAUUUGGCACAUGCCCCUGGAAAGGAGGAACCUAUAUAAUCCGUGAGCUUGAAACCGAGCUCGUUAUCACGCUCAAGGAGGGGGUUCUACGCUUAUGUCCUGAAGAGAAAGGCCAUAAGGGUAGUAGUUAUAGCCAUGGUCGUGGCAGCCACUGGAAAUGCGUCGAGAACGAGGGUAUGUGGCUUGGUUUCUAUAACUCAGUCUCAGGAACGUACAUAAGGCACAAUAACAAGAAGACCAACUGGCGAUUCGAUGCAAAGGGGCAGUGUCAUGAUACAUGGGAGCGCUUCUGUGCACGAGAGCACCCGGACGGUGGCCACAUACUUUUGGUGAAACAUAACGACGACUUUCGGCCGAUGAUGGCAGGAGGGGAAGAUGAUCGAGAGUUGGUUGUCGGUUCAGAGGGAGAAGAUGCGACACGAUGGGAGUUUGUUGAGGUCGAGUCUGACAGUUAGAUCCAUACCAUGUCUUUGCUUGAUGUUAUUUAAUCGUUGAGAUGGAGUCUUGCUUCAUACCAAUUAAUGGCCAGUUCCAUUUAGAGUUUCUAGUAAGUUAAAUAUUCCAGCACUACGAUGCAUGAGAUUUGAGUUUCGUGCUACAA